AAUGGGAGAAAGACAGUCUCUUGCUCUUUGCGUAGGUAUUUAUGCACAAGCAGCAAGUGCGCAAUCGAUUAACAAGAUAGUUAGUAAACUUUAUUGCGAAACGCAAAGGUUUUUGAUUGAAAAUUGGGUACAAUGGAAUCUAGCAAGUCGGAAUCGACGCCAAAACAGGCUAUGGUAUACAUUUGCGGAGAAUGUCAUCAUGAUAAUGAAAUACGCCCAAGAGAUCCAAUUCGAUGCCGAGAAUGUGGAUAUAGGAUCAUGUACAAAAAACGAACUAAAAGACUUGUUGUGUUUGAUGCACGAUAAAGCAAUCUAUCAUUUUCUAUAAAUUAUAUAUCGGUCAUUAAUAAAUGUAGUGUAAUGUAAUGUAACACCAAAAGUUGGAAUAAGACAAAUAAUGGAAGAAAACCUGCCAUCGUGUCAAAUAUAUAAUAUAGGAGGAAUAGAAAAUAGAAACCAUAUAUUAAGUAAACGGCCCAUGUAUAAAGAAGUUAAGUCAAACGUAUUAAGAAAUAGGGAAUGCCCAAAAAAUGGGAAACCAUUGAGAAAGGAAUGUGGGAGUUGAUGAACAUCAUGAAUGGAAGCUUAAAACUAAGGGCAUCAUAUAGGAAGAGUAGAAUCCGGAGUAAUAGCGAUAGUUCAAAGAAGGCAAAGAAUCAAAUAAUCCACAAACCAAUAAAUAAAUAAAUAAAUAAAUAUAUAUAUAUAUAUUUAUAAUGAUAUUGAGCUAUAUUAGAAUUCUAACUUUACUUUGGCAUGAUGACAUGUAUAAUAAAUUAAGAUAGUUAAAAAAUAGGAAAGAUAUGAAAGAUGUUGUUCGUCAUUUAUAAUGUUCUUUUUAAAUAAAAUACAAAUUAUCCAUACA